AUGGCCGCCAUUAUCGAGCCUAUACAGGAGGCAUCAUCGCCUCUGACAGUGUCCUCCACUCUUGACGGAGUCUCCUUGGACGCCCUUCCAGUCCUACGUCCAAACUGCCCGAAAGGGGAUGCACCGUGGAUUAUACAGAAGUUUGGAGGGACAAGUGUAGGCAAGUUUGCCGUCGAGAUCGCACGAGAUGUAGUGUCGACGCACUGCACCACAAACAAGAUCGCCAUCGUCUGUUCCGCGCGCUCCGGAUCAACCAAGGCACUCGGGACGACCAACCUACUGCUACGUGCAGCGUCCGAGGCGAUCCAGAGACCCUCGAAGACCUCUCUUGGCUCGGCUACCCCGGUGACCAGCGGUAUCUUCGGAAGGAUACCCGUCAGCACGCCUGGCACUCCGGGCGCUAAUACUCCUCGAGCGCGAAGUCACUCGUCCCCGCGUUCAUCAUCCCCCUUGUUUGGCUUGACACCGGCUUCGCCACCACAGGGUGAAUCGGAGGGUUCGUUUAAUGUCACUGUGGAUCUGAUCAAAAGCGAGCAUUUCACGGCCGCCCGCGCUGUCAUCAAGAAUGAGGCCAUCUUGGAGGAGCUGGAGGCGGAGGUUGAGCGAGAUUGCGAGUGGUUGAGGAACUUCUUGUCCGCUGCCCAGAUCGUGGAUGAGAUCUCGCCUCGUUCCCGGGAUAGCAUCAUUGGUCUCGGCGAGAAGCUUGGCUGUAAAGUUAUGACUGCGGUUCUGCGGGAUCAGGGUAUAGAUGCCGAAUACGUCUCGUUAGAGGAUGUCGUUCCAGCAUCGGAUGACAUCAAUUCGGGCGAGGGCUCGCUGGGACAGGCAUUCUACGAUGGUGUCGCCGAAGCUGUUGGCGCACGUAUACUGCAAUGCGGAUCGCGUGUCGCCGUUGUGACUGGAUUCUUCGGUCCCGUUCCGGGCUCUCUGCUCCGUCAAGUUGGGAGGGGGUAUACGGAUCUGCUGUCUGCGCUCCUCGCCGUAGGCGUACGCGCUUCUGAGCUGCAGAUCUGGAAAGAGGUCGACGGGAUCUUCACUGCUGACCCUCGGAAAGUUGUUACUGCUCGCCUUAUACCCGUCAUCUCCCCGGAAGAGGCUGCAGAGUUGACGUACUACGGUAGUGAGGUCGUGCAUCCCUUCACUAUGGAGCAGGUCACUCGCAGGAAGAUACCCAUCCGUAUCAAAAACGUCAACAACCCACUCGGUGGAGGGACCCUCAUCCACCCCGACCCGGAGAAGCAAGCAGCGGCCCGACCUCCCAUGUCUGACACGCCCGGGCGAACGGGCGGACGCCCCGGGUUCAGCGAGCCCAUCUCGGCUUCUUCAUUGACGCUCGAGGGGCUCGGCAUAGCUUCCGACGCGGCACACCGCCAGAAGCGCCUGCCGACGGCGGUGACUAUUAAGGAGCGCAUCGUCGUGCUCAACGUGAACUCGAAUCGCAAAAGCGUGUCGCACGGUUUUCUAGCGCGGAUAUUCGGCACGCUGGAUCGGUAUGGCGUCGUUGUGGAUCUGAUCAGCACGAGCGAGGUGCACGUCAGUAUGGCGAUCGAGGAUGGGCUGGGUGGACGUGUCAUUGACAGGCUUGUCACGGAUCUGCAUCAGCUCGGAACCGUGUCGAUGGUGCGCGACAUGGCGAUCCUCUCACUCGUCGGAAAGCAGAUGCGCAACAUGAUCGGUAUCUCGGGGCGCAUGUUCACCACGCUCGCGCAGGGGAACGUCAACAUCGAGAUGAUCAGCCAGGGUGCGAGCGAGAUCAACAUCUCGUGUGUCAUCAAGGGCUCGGACGCAGUCAAGGCUCUCAACCUUAUACAUCAAAGUUGCUUGCAGAUCAAGCCGGAAGGGGAGAAGGGGAGAGUUGGACCUUGGUUCUUCUGA